AUGCCUCUUCCUCAAUCGAUACAAGCAUUACCAUCUGAUGUGAUCGCAAAGCUCAAGUCCUCCACGGCUAUCCUUGAUCUAUCUGGUGUAAUUCUGGAAUUGGUCAAGAAUGCCUUGGAUGGAAGUGCACAUACUAUUUUUGUCACGGUCGAUUUUCAACGGGGAGGCUGUAUAGUUGAGGAUGAUGGCAAUGGAAUUCCACCAAAUGAGUUUGAGACAACUGGGGGACUUGGCAAACCUCACCAUACAUCCAGAUUCGAGCAGAAUGACUCGUACGGGCAUCGUGGCUUGUUCUUGGCAUCUCUCGCCUCCUUGUCACUAUUGACCCUCACUUCACAUCAUGCUGCACACGAGUCUACGAACUCAAUCAUAUUUCACCAUUCCAAGCCAGUGGCGCGACUGAUACCUGCUCCUUCGCAUCACACACUUCGAUCUGCCAGCCAUGGCACCUCUGUGACGGUGAAUGACCUUUUUGGAAAUAUGCCGGUCCGUGUCAAGAACCGAGCCAUCACUCUCCGAAAGGCAGGUGAAGCAGACCGGGAGUGGGAUAAUUUGAGAAACUCUCUUAUCUCGCUCGUUCUAGCCAAUCCCCAAGCCCUGAGAUUAGUACUUUUGGACACGGAGAAGAGCAAACGGAUGUCCAUCCGACCUAGUGCAUUGAUUUCGCCCACCGCCCAAGCUCCAAGUGGCGAUGCAUUUGAAUUCAGGCGCAUUGGGUCUGUUCUUACUCAAUGCGGGCUCAUCAGCCCUCGAAACUGGGAAUGCUGGCAUGAAUUAUCAGCAUCGGUUCCUGAUCUGACAGUGCGAGCUGCAAUAUCACUACAGGCUAGUCCAAGUCGGAAGACCCAGUUUAUCUCUUUGGGAAAAGAGCCAUUGAUGUCACGCAAUGGCUCGAACAUUCUGUACAACGAGAUCAAUCGUCUCUUCUCCCUGUCAGAUUUUGGGAAUUUUGACACACGCCCCAACCACGCCUCUCCCCGUGCUAUCACCCACCCAGUGCGUAUAAGUGAGGCUCAAAGUAUUGGAAGUGCUAGAAGUUGGACAAAGCCCAUCAACAGGUGGCCAAUGUUCUAUAUUCGUAUUGACACGAGCGAUGCGCCCCAGCUUGGCGAAAAUGAUGAAAGUGAACAUUUACCAGAGUCAGACAAGUCACUUCAACGAAUUGUUGAUGUACUUGGGGCCAUGGUUCGUGAAUUUUUGAAGCAACACAACAUGCGGCCUCGAAGUGGCAAGCAGCGAACCCAAUCGUCAGAUCGGAGUCGGAGCAUACUCACCAAGGGCUCAUGUUCAAUACAAAGUGCUGGCGUCGAUCCAAAUCAGGACCGUCUUGCUUCAAGUGCCGAUGAAGCGUUUAGUGGCCAUUUCAAAAUUCCCUCCUUUGCCAGGUCACAGGGUAUCAACUAUAGCCAGGAUUUCACAAAUUGGUCCAGGGUCAAGGCAGCUAAAGCGCCAGAGUCAUACCCCAUUAUUCCUCGCUCUCGAACCCCAAUCACCAGUCCUGGAAUUAAUCAAUUCCAAAGUGAGAGGGCCUUGCCUACCCGCAACCAGCGUGGCUCAGGUGGUCUCAACCACCAUCGGGAACCCCAGCUCUCAUUUGGAAGAUCAAAUAACCCAAGCGUGGGCGGUGACCAAAACAUAGUUCGAACCCAAUCCGAACAGACAAGCUCGCCCCCAUCGCCAAACAAGAUGUUAACUUGGAUCGAUCCGCACACGAAGUUAGCCUACCUCAUCAACCCUCGGACUGGUCAAACAUUGAACUCUAGAAAAUCUCUGGCCACCAAAAGCCAUCGGUUGCCCAUUUCACAUGGUGAGCACCAGGACCCAGCUCACGGCCUUUGGUUUCAAAACCUACUGGAAACGUGGGAAAAUCCUUCUUUUAGCCGCACGGAGGUUCCGAUACCAAACCUGGGCGCCGAGGCUGUACCUUCCAAUGAUUUGACAGCUUCUCACGACUGCUUCAAAGGAAUUGGAUCUUUAACUACAGCACAGGUCGCUAAAUAUCGGGGCAAGCUUAUGCGUCGUGAUCUCGAGACUGCUGAAGUCAUUGCCCAAGUCGACAAAAAGUUCAUUUUGGCCAAGGUCCCUUCAACUGCCUUGAGAAAUUGCGAAAGCGAGACAUCCAAUGACUUCCUGCUCUUGAUAGAUCAACAUGCUGCCGAUGAGCGAUGUAGAAUUGAGCAACUUUUUGAAGAGAUGUUCCUGCCACCUGGAGAGGCGAUUGCUCAGGAUACCGGCGUACGAACUGUACAAGUCUUCUUAGAAUUCCAGGUCUCCGAGACAGAGGGCCGUUUAUUCAACCGAUAUAAGACUGAUUUUACAUCCUGGGGGGUUCACUAUGAUACAGAGGUCAAGAACUCAUCCACUUCGAUCACCUUUCACACACUGCCCGUUCUCAUCGCCGAGCGAUGCCGGACCGAGCCACAAGUGUUGAUUGAUUUGAUGAGGCGAGAGAUAUGGUCGAGUGAAGAAGUUGGAGGAAAGUCAUUUCAGCCAAAGCGAGAUCUUGGAUCUGAGAUUGAAGAUCAACCAUUCACACCCCUUGGCAUCGAAGAUCCAGCAGACAAAAACCCCCCAUUCACCUCGCACUCUUGGGUCCGCAAGAUGAACGGAUGUCCUCAGGGCAUUACUGAUCUCCUGAAUUCUCGCGCCUGUCGCACCGCCAUCAUGUUCAACGACCCAUUAGACAUUGGGGAAUGUCGGGCCUUGCUUUCACGCCUCGCCCGCUGUGCUUUUCCAUUCCAGUGUGCCCACGGUCGCCCCUCCAUGGUCCCCAUUCUGGACCUACGAUCCGUACCCGAUACUACUACCUCAUUCCCAUCAAGCCUAAAAGAGUCGAAAUCAGCUGACGACCGCAUGGAAUUGGACUAUAUGGAUGCGUUUCGCGCCAGCUAUAGCACAUAA